AUGUUAUCAGUCAAGCAUAUCAAGAUACACGGCAUGAAGGACGACAGGUGGACGAUAAAGGACAAGCUGCAUCAAUACCGCAGUGUCCUCAAACUACACGCUCGUGACAAAAACCUAGAAGCAAUAAAUGCGACAAACCUGAAGAGAAAAUUAUCCCGGGAUUUGAAGUCGCUGACAACGGACGUAAAGACUUACAGGGGCAUCAUCACCGACGUCCUCGCCGGCGACAAGAGGAGACUGCACACAGUUCUCCAGGACCACCGAGACUUGCAAAUGGCUUACCAGGAUUACAAACCGGCGGACGUCUGCACAGCGGUGGAUAAGGACAACGACAAGCGUCGCAAGCUAAUCGACAAGAUGUACUACAAAAAGAAACAAAAAAUCAAGAUAUUCUUCGAGCUAAAAUUGGAGAGUGCUCUGCUGAUGGACAAGCAAGAGCAGCAACGCGAAUGCGAGCCAGAUUACGAGCAACAACGAUUAGUGACGCUUUAUCAGCAAUCGGUCGCUAAGGAGACUGCAGCCAAAGCGAUACGUGGGACUUAUUUCAGCAUGUUGACCAUCUUAAAGAAGGACUCGAUAUUCUUCGACGCCGUUUUAAGCCAACUAAGGACCGACCAGAAAGACCAAUGCAAAGUAAUUCUGCGGACGACGAUAAUGGGCCAACUUGCGGCGGAGAAUCUCGACGACACGAGGGAUAAAUACAAAAGGAUGAAGCAGGACGUUUUGAUUAACAUGAGGGAGAGAGAGCGCACCCUGAAGACCGUCCGCGGUCAGGUCGACGACUUAUGGGCGCACGCGCAGUCGCUAGUCCGAAUUGAGAGCGACGCGAAUUUUGGGGAAAAGAAACUUUCAACUCCGACUGACGAGAAGGCUCUAGAAAAUCAAAUUCGUCACGUCGAGGAAAUUUUUGACAAGAUAAAGGAUUCGAUGCUUGUACGCUCUUACGAGGAACUACUGCCCAGACUCGAGGAGCAAAUGAGACAAAAGGCUCGUCUAACGGAACAGUAUAAUUACAAAUUGAGGGAACGAGACUCCUAUUUAAAUAAAAAGAACCACGCCCUUCUGAAACUUGCGACAUUGGAACAUUCGAUGGUUUCCACUACUGGCCAGUACAAAAUGGAGAAGAAAACGAUGCUGCAAGAAAUCGAGGAGCAAAAGAAACGUGAACGCGAGUUAAAGGAUCUGAGAAAAGUGCGGGGCGAAUUGUUGAUGAAAAUCAGAGCUGCGCUGCAGAACAUGGCCACAAUGUUAGUCUUCGUAAAGGUCGAUCCAAAACUUGGAAAGAACGUGCCGAAGGACAGUGGGAGAAAACAAGACAAGAAAAGGGCCAAAGAGGAAGAUAAAGAAAAGGAAGAAAACGAGAAAGUGGAGAAAAUGGAAGGCGAAGGGCCUCAACUCGAGAAAAUGGAGACUGACGGACUAGCUCUUUUGUCACAAGUCACGAAGAAAGUUAGCGUCCUCUUCAACAUGGCUGGUUUCGAAUUGGAUGAGGAAAGAGAAGCGAGAGCUAGAGAUUUAUACCAAUCCUACAUAUCGGACUACAGAUCGAAGCUGAUGUUUGGAAACGGAGAACCAGAACAAAUCGGUAUAUUUGUGGAGCACGAAGUAAUCGACUCUGUGGUACUAACUAGAGCGGACAUCAAAUUGCAAAGCCGACAAAUAGUUGAAGCAAAUUUGAAACCCGAGUGACUAAUGAUUUUCUGUAUUUAUAAUUGGCACGCC